UUCAGUUAAUACUUCCUGGGAAUCCAUUUCACAUGCUACUUGAUUUCAUGACAUAUAGUUAAAGAUAUUAUCCAUUUAUGCUGUGUAAUGUUUUAUCACAGUACUUAAAAUGUUGAAAUAUUUGGAAAUUGUCUCAGCCGUAAUUGUCUCUUAUAUAAUUCUAGCGAAAAUGAUCACUUUUACAUUGGAUACUAGUAUGAGAUUGUGGUGCCAUUCUGGUGUGAUUAAGGCUGCUUUAGAAGUAAGAACUGUCGAAAUUACAUUAUUUAAGAUCAUAUCGCCUUUGCAUUAUCCUUAACUUUAUAAUUAGUGAAGAAAACUCAACAUGUGAAAUCCACACAUCAUACAUUGUGAGACUGAUUGAAAAUAUGAGUGUUUCUGCUCAAUCUAUUCACCAUCGUUUUAACAAAUGUCCUUGUGGCAGGUUUUAUGUUGCUGAAGUGCUGCUAGCUCUGGAGUAUUUGCACAUGCUUGGUAUUGUUUAUCGUGACCUUAAGCCUGAAAACAUUCUUGUUAGGGAUGAUGGACAUAUAAUGCUCUCAGACUUUGAUCUUUCUCUUCGUUGUGCUGUUAACCCAACUUUGGUAAAGACCCCAUCCAUUACUUCCGAUCCUCAGAAAAACAAUUCCACUUACUGUGCCCAGCCGGCAUGCAUUGAACCAGCUUGCAUUCAGCCAUCUUGUGUUGUUCCAACAAUGUGCUUUUCUCCUCGCCUCUUUUCAAGAAAAUCCAAGAAGGGCAGGAAGCCCCAAAAUGAUAUCGGAAAUCAGGUUAACCCAUUGCCAGAGCUGAUUGCUGAGCCAACCAAUGCUCGUUCAAUGUCUUUUGUCGGAACACACGAGUAUUUGGCACCAGAGAUCAUCAAAGGUGAAGGUCAUGGAAGUCCAGUUGAUUGGUGGACUUUUGGGAUCUUUUUAUACGAGCUCUUGUUUGCUAAGACUCCAUUUAAAGGAUCCGGGAAUCGAGCCACAUUGUUCAAUGUUGUUGGACAGCCCCUACGGUUUCCAGAGUCCCCUGUUGUCAGUUUCCCUGCUAGGGACUUGAUAAGGGGUUUGCUUGUGAAAGAGCCUCAGCAUAGAUUAGGCUUCAAAAGAGGCGCAACUGAGAUAAAGCAACACCCUUUCUUUGAAGGAGUUAAUUGGGCUUUAAUACGCUGUACCAGCCCUCCAGACAUCCCAAAAGCUGUUGAUUACGAUCAAACGCCUAUUCCAAAGAAUGAUAAGACUCCUACUGCUGCUGCUACGGAUCAGAAGAGCAACACAUAUUUGGAGUUUGAUUUCUUCUAGUUAAUUACCAAAUUUGCCUUAAAUUAAGAAAUGAUUGUGGAUCAUAUUAAGAGAGGUAGGUUGGUGAAGAUCAGUACAAUUAUUGCUCCCUCCCGUGCUUUAAACUCAUAAAUGCCCUUCCAUGCGGCCCUUAAAUGGUACGCGAAGAAGUUUUUCUCUUUCCCCUUUUUCUAUUUCUAUUAUUUUUUAGACUGGGAAAAUGUAUCUCCAUGUGGUUAACCACAUUGUGUGGAACAUUUGGAAGCUGUAAAAAUUGUAUGGUUCGUUCCUGUUAGUUUGAGAAUCAAAUGUCAAUGAAUGUAUAGUUUUCUUGUAACUUUUUGGAAAAAGGUUGAUGAAUGCAAAACAAGGUGGGGCCGAAUUUCUAGACCCGUAUUUUGAUA